AAGGGGGGACUGGGGGAGGCCGGCCUCCAAACUCCAGAAUUUUUUUUUAAAUUUGUCUUAUAAAUUAGUAUAAUUUUUUUUUUUUUCAGUCUACUAAUUUUGAAAAAUUUAUUUUGAACUUCCCAAAAGUCUGAAGUCUAGGUCCGCCCCUUUCUACGUCAACCGUUUCUUUGUAUAUACAUAAUGUCCUUAAUUUCUGUACUCACAGACCCUACAACUUAGCUCACAAAAGCAUAAAGCUCUACUUCCGCUUCCUCACUCUCUCUCUCUCUAUCUCUCUCUGUGUUAAUUACUUCCUCUUAUAAUGCAAUCUCAGUCAUGGAUAACUGCUAUGGCUGUAAUUUGUGUUCUGUUGAUGCAAAUAUUCAGAGCAGUAGGAUCAUCCUCAAAGGAAGAAGACAAAAUAUUAAGUUUGCCAGGGCAACCAAAGGUCAGUUUCAAGCAAUACGCAGGCUACGUUACCAUUAAUGAAAGACAACAGAGAGCUCUAUUCUAUUACUUUGUUGAAGCAGAAAGAGACACAGCUUCGAAGCCUCUGGUUCUCUGGUUAAAUGGAGGGCCUGGUUGCUCUUCUCUUGGAGCUGGAGCUUUCUCUGAGCAUGGUCCUUUCAGGCCAAGUGGAAAGGGCAAUUUGGUCAGAAACGAAUAUAGUUGGAAUAAAGAAGCAAAUAUAAUAUAUCUGGAAUCACCAGUAGGAGUUGGCUUCUCUUAUUCUGCUAAUGCAUCUUUCUAUGAUUCUGUAAACGAUACCAUCACAGCACAAGACAACUUCAUAUUCAUGCAGAAGUGGUUCAUCAAAUUUCCAGAAUACAGAAACAGAGAUUUAUUUAUUGCAGGAGAGAGCUAUGCUGGCCACUAUGUCCCACAACUGGCAGAGCUCGUUGUUCAGUCAGGUUUACAAUUCAAUUUAAAGGGCAUUGCUUUAGGAAACCCUCUAUUGGAUUUCAGUAGAGACUCAAACUCACGAGGUGAUUACUACUGGUCUCAUGGGCUGAUAUCAGAUUCAACUCAUCAGCUUCUCAAUUCAAUUUGCAACGCAUCACAGCUAUUGAGGGAGGGAAUAAUAAUAGGCUCAUUAUCACCUGCUUGUAAAACUGUAACUGUUCAACUUUCUAAAGAAAUUUCUGAUUCGAUCAACGGCUACGAUGUAACUGCUGAUGUCUGCAUUUCUUACGAGAAUUCAAAACUCAAACUCCACAAUGAUCUGUUGAGACCGGAAUUUCUAGUUUCAUUGUCCACUCAAUUACCUAAUCAUCCUACAAAAGCUCCAGAGAAUAUAGAUCUUUGUGUGGAAGAAAAAGCUCUUGAAUACUUGAACAAGAAAGAUGUGCAAGAAGCUCUUCAUGCUAAGCUCGUAGGAGUCACAAAUUGGACUUUCUGCAGCCCGGUACUGCAAUAUGAUAUUGAAAACCUAGAGAUAUCUAUGAUUGAUGUUGUGGGCUCACUGGUUACUUCAGGAAUCCAGGUCAUGGUGUACAGUGGGGAUCAAGAUUCAGUUGUUCCAUUUACUGGAACAAGGACUUUGGUAAAUGAUUUGGCCAAAAAGCUGAGAUUGAAUACAACUACAACUUACAGAGCUUGGCUUGAAGAUAAACAGGUUGGAGGAUGGACACAAGUUUAUGGAGAAAUUUUAAGAUUUGCAACUAUUAGAGGAGGCUCUCAUAUGACACCUCUUUCAUCACCAAAGAGAUCAUUAGCACUAUUUAAAACAUUUGUUACUGGAAAUCCACUUAUUGAGUACUUGUGUUGUGCAUUUUCAUACGCAUAAAUGUAGAUUCUGUAAUGCAUAUUUUUAUAUAUUCAAUUUACUUAAUAAUUUUCUCUGAUUAAAAAUAUA